CCGUCGUCGUCGAGUCGCGGUCGCGUUUCGAAAUUUUCUGUAUGUUGCGAUAGAUCGUCGAAGAAGUGUGAACACACAACGGAUAGUGCUCGCGGAAAGACGUUUUUUUCGGAUGAAAACGCACUCUAGAGUGGUUGAAAAGUGUUGUCCGUGCAGGCAGGGAAGCAGUACGUAUCGCGUUUGGUGUUUUUCUUACAUGAGCAGUGCGAUUAGGAGGAUUAAAGUUGGAUUUUAUCUACUCAGCCUCCAUUAGCGAAGGAGUUUUCUUACUGACAUUUUUUUUCGCUCACCCUCCCUCUCGCAUUCACACUGCUGCAGGCUGGGAGUGUGUUGGUGUGAGUGUAGUGAAUCGGAUUAUUUUUCUCGCUGAACUCGCACGGUGGUAGUAGUUGCGUCAGUUUGCAUCGCAUCAGUAGCGACAGCGGGACCACCUCCUCGCGUGUCACGCUUUCCCACGCCGACUGUUUUUAUGCGUGCGUGUGUGUGUAUUUUACCUCGUUCAGUGUUGCGUAUCGCGAUCGCGCGUUUCAUUCAAAAACUGCAUACAUUCGUUGAUUGAUGCGUGUCAGUGUUGGUGUCGGAGAGGAUAUAGUGUUUGUAGUUUGUGUCGUUUUCUCUUUCAUACGUCCGGGACAGAGGAAGAGCGCAGUAAUCAGCAAUCCAUCGCUCAUCAAUCGAAACAGUGCGGUAUCCCGUUUCCCUUCGUCCUUCGUCAUUUCGCCGACCGUUUCUCGCGCGCAGUUCCCUUUUUGGCGACUCAUCAUCACCGUCAUCCCCUUGUGCCGUCCUCUGCGCUCCGCACGGGAACAGCUAAUUGACUUUUGAAAACGCCUCAGCAACGUCACACAGGAUCGAUCGGCAGUGUGGGGAGUGACGGCGAAUUGAACUGAGUACCGACAGGGUACAGAAGUAAUCUAACAAAACAAGAAAAGGAUUCUAUUUUCUUUGGACGCUGAUGACUUGCGCAAGGAUUGAAUUCCAGCAAGUUCCGUAGCACUACGGUUGUUUGCAACUAAUUUUUUUUGGCCACGGGAAGAAAAAUACACUGGGUCAACCUGGAUCCCGGAACGAUGUCGGUGCAGCAGUACUGUCUGCGUUGGAACAAUCACCAGCCGAACUUCAUUUCGGUCUUCUCGACUUUGCUGCACAAUGAAAGUCUGGUUGAUGUCACUCUGGCCGCAGAGGGCCGACAGCUGCAGGCCCAUAAGGUGGUACUGUCGGCGUGCAGUUCCUAUUUUCAGUCCCUAUUCACUGCAAACCCCUGCCAGCAUCCGAUCGUGAUACUUAAGGAUGUGCAGUAUAACGACCUGAAAACGAUGGUGGAUUUCAUGUACUACGGGGAAGUGAACGUGUCCACCGAGCAGCUGCCCCAGGUACUGAAGACGGCGGAAAUGCUGAAAAUCAAAGGUUUGGCAGAAAUGCCGGACGCGUCGGCCGUUUGCAAGGCCGAUCUAGGUAAGCUAGAUCACCCGGAUCUGGUGGGUGGGCUAGGUCCGGGUGGACCAGGUGGUCCCGAAUCGAUAUGGGGCACGCCGGAAUCUCAACAGCAGCAGGCAGCUGCCCAGCAGCAAACUCAGCAACAGCAAUACCACCAGCAGCUACAGGCCCAACAGCCUCAGCUACGAAGGACACCCUCCCCCACCACAAACAUGUCACCGGCCGCACGACGGAAGCGACUGAGAAAAACGUCGACCGGCUCGGGAUCGCUCUCUACCGAACGCAUCCAGCAGCAGCAACAGCAGCACCAUCAGCAGCAGCAGCAGCAGCAACAACAGCAACAGCAGCAGCAGGAUGAACAUAGUACCAAUAACGACGGGACGUUAAACAUCGUUCCCCAUUUGCACAUACAGCAACAGGUUGAUAACAUAUCGUACAGUACCAGUCACAGUGCGCUGGCAUCGUUGGCUUCCGGUGGAAACGGAAAUAACAUCCGAAUAAUCAAGGAAAGUCCUAGUUCCGAUGUGGAUCAACAGCAGCACGAAUCAUCGCAGGAGAGUGUCGAUGAGACGGGACACCAUAUUCCUAGCAUCAUUAAAACGGAAGAUUUAAGUGGUGUGACGCAAACGAUACCGAUGGACAUUUCCGCGUCGUCGGCCAGUGUGGCGGCGGUUAAUAUCCCCCAAUCUCAAUCUCAGCACAGUGGUGGGCAAUGGACGGUAAUCGAUACGAAUUAUUCGAGGUUUGGUAUCGCGUCGUGUCAGACAAACUUGGGUCUCCAGCAGCACCAAGCGCAAGCUCAGGCACAGCAGCAUGCGGCGGCCCAGCAGCACCACCAUCAGCAGCAGCAGGCUGCCCAGGCAGCUGCGGCGGCUAGUCAGCAAGCCCAGGCCCAACAGCAGGCAGCGGCAGUGGCAGCAGCCGCCGCUGCAGCCCAGCACCAUCAAGCGCAGCAACAGCAGCAAAGUGAUAAUCAGUCGUUGAACAAUGCCGGCAACGGUGGCAACAACAACAGCAACAGCAGUAAUCCACUGUCCAAUGCGUCAACGACUAACUCGAACGCACCGACGCCGCAACCAACGACGCCAGUACAAAUCUACCAGCAUCCUUUCUCGCCGCAAAUUAUCUCGGUCAAUCCGAACAAUAUGGUCAACAGCUACUCGUCCAACAUCUCAACACCCACUUCGCCACAGGGUGGCAACGAGACGGUGGCUGCCGCAAUGGUUCACAGUGUGUACAGUCAGGGUACCAACGCAAACCAGUCCCCAAUCGGAACGACCAGUGCGAGCGGGACGACGACAAUUCAGCCAGUCAAGCGGAAACGAUCCGUCAAUCCACAGGGUGAUGAAAAUUUCCUGCGAGCACUCGAAGCGGUCCGAUUCGGUGGUAUUGGUUUCUGCAAAGCUGCCCGACUGUACGGCGUAAACAAUCGAACGCUCUGGCUGGAGUAUAAGAAACGUGGCUAUCCAAUCAGUCGACCUAGCAUAAAAAGUAGGAUAAAACUGGAACCGAACAUUUCGCCACCUCCCUCGACAACGCCAACCGGUGACGAAAACGCGUCCAUGGAACACUACGACACAUCGUUAUCGUCACCCGCGUUGAACAUGUCGCUGCAACAGCACCAGCAACAGCAGCAACAACAGCAACAACAGCAGCAGCAACAAGUGCAGGCUGCACAACAGCAACAGGCCGCCCAGCAGCAGCAACAACAGCAGCAGCAACAGCAGACACAGCACCAGACGGCCAGUGAUAAUGCGAAUGCUGCGGCGGCCGCUGCGGCAGCCGCUGCAGUGGCAGCAUCGUCGGCAACGCCAUUGAUGUGUCCUCCGCAUGCUCACCCGAUGGGUGUGAUGGGUUUUCUCGAUUCGCGGCACGUUGACUUCACGACGGCUGCGGCUGCCGGUAUACAUCAGAUGUCGCGCCAGAGGUACCCGGAUGCGACGACGGUGAACAUGAACACCGGAGCGGUCAAUCUGCAGGGGUUGAACUUUAAUUCGAUGUAAGCGCGAUUAGCCAGAUUAACAGUAGGCAAUAAGAAAAAAACAUGAGCACGGGGACACGAUGACGCUAGGCUGGCUGCGUUUUGACGGUGAGAGGGUAUGGCCGGGUUUGGGUUCAUCUAACGUACUGUUUUUUUAAAGCUGUUUUCCAUCGCUGGUAUCAACCCUGCUUCCCUGGGUUUACUGCUGGCCAGAGAAAAGUUGUCUUUUCUUCUUUUUUUUCUAUCUAGAAAUUGAUUCAGAAUUUCAGUUUAGUAACUUUUAUUUUCGAGAUUGUGAUAAUAAAAAUCAGGUGCAACUAGUGAGGCCUUUUUUAUUGUUAGUAAUGUAAUUUUCGUUUCAAAUUAAUUUCGAUUCUUGCCCUUCUGGGAUCUUUAACACUGUAAUGUGAACUUAAAGAGAUGUAGUACUUACUUAUCGGUAUGACUCGUUUCAGUCUGAAUACCGAGUAAAAGUGAAGUAUGCUAUUAUUUCUUAAAAUUUACUGGUGUCAUCGCGAGGCAUUCACCAAUAGAAAAUUUAACCGGUGUCAUUUCAAUCACGUCCAUCUAGAAGGAAACUGACAAAUAAUUCUGUCGAUAUUUACAUCUUAAUGUUAUGCGACAUUCUCUAAAUUGAUCUGGAAAGACCAAGGAAUUAAAUCUCACAAACGAGUGGAUUCACUUACACUUGAAUACGAUUACUUUUAUAUGGGAUUUAAAAAUGAUCAUGAGAAAAGCUGCAAUGAUUUCUGAUGUACUAAAGCGUUUCAAAAUAAUUUCUGCUCCAUGUAUUGGGAAGUAUUCCUUUGGAAAUUCACGGGAUGAAUAUGUUUUGGAAAAAACUCCAAAAUUGUAAAUACUGCAAAUUUUUUACCUUUACAAGGUACGUCCAAAAAGUCUGUACUCAAUUUUUGCGGGGUUAAAAAAAAAAUCGUAAGAUAUUUUUUUGACAUAGUCACCAUCAAUCUCGAUGGAAGUGGUUAGCCGCAAAAUCAAUCUUUUAAACCUGCAUCGAAGUAAUUUUGUGCCAGUUCUUUCGUCCACUUCUUCACCUCCUGGUCCGUUGAAAACUUAUUCCCCCACUACUGCACUUGGUGUGCAAAGUGAAGAGAUGAAAAUUUGGAGGGGCCAUAUCAGAGGAUUACAGCGGGUGGGUCAAAACGUCCCUUCUGAAAGAGUCCAGGAGUUUCUUCGUGGCGUUGGUCGUGUGAGGUCUGGCAGGUAAUCAGCAAACCUUUCGUCAGCAUGUCUCUCCGUUUAUUCUGGAUCGCCAUUUUCAAUUUUUUUUAACGUGUCACAAGCAGUACGGUAAAAUUCCAUUUUCAAUCGAAUAAUAUAAGAUGAAAUUUGACUUUUGCUGCCAUUUUCAAGCGAAGCUCCCAGAAUUCAUCGUCAGUUGAAUAAUCGUACCUAGCAGGGUGGCAAGCGACCGGGAAAACCGGGAAAAAGUUGGGAAUUUGAUUUCAUCGGGAAAAACCGGGAAAAAGUCGGGAAUUUUAGUGUAAAACCGGGAAAAAUAUUACUAGCUCACCUAUGAGUAACCGUUGUUAGCAUAAUGAUUUUUUUUCAACAAUCGAAGAGUAAGAGACAAUACCCAAUUUUGUGUUUGAGCGAAAUGUUCAGUACAAGUGUUGAAAUAACUUAUUGUCCAUUGGGCCAACACCCCAUGUCUCGUCCAACGAUUUUUAGAGGCUUGCAGGUAGUUUUAAAUCAAAUAGGAAGCAUCAGAGUUUUUUUUAAGUUGUUAUCAAUAACAGCAUAAUAAAAGCGCAUUUUUAAAAAUAAGGAUAAUUUGGAUGCUUCUGUUGGAUUUUUAUGAAAUUUUUAAAUAAGUAUUCAAAACACCUGCAAAACUUAUGGCAAAAUCUCAAGGUAACAUAGGGAAAAUUUUUAAGUUUUUAAGUUAGUUUAGCUAUUGGAAAUAAAACUGGUUUAAAACUAGCGGACAGUUCAUCAUGAAGAACUCAUACUUUUUGAUUACUCUACGAGCGUUUAGAAUCCCAUUAGGAUUAGAUCGAUAUAUUGUGCAUUUUAACAGUUAUCAUUUGAUUCAUUUGCCCAUCAACGCAUUGAAGUCGUAAACAUUGUUUAUUGACUAACAGAUAUAUAAGAAAAAAAUGGUGUUUUAAAAGAGAAAGUCAACGGUUUUUCGAAAUCUUAGAUAUACAUACAUCUAAUGAUUUUAAAUUUAAUUCUAUUACAUGAAAAUUUCAAAUUUUUGGUCUGACAUGACUUUGUUAAUAAUUAGUUUUAUGGUUUUCAUCACAAUCACAGCAUGAUAAUUCUUCAUCUGAGGGUAUCGUUCAUUGAACAGAUGUGCUUGCAAGCGACAUAAUUUAAACAGUAUAUGUCCAUAUAAUAAUUUAUUGUACCAUGGCCGAAGCACUGGCAAUGACGAUAUUAUGUUAGAUUCGUUGUGCCAGCAUCAGUGUUGGUGAUUGCCGAUAAUUUGGCAGAAAGCGGCUCGAUAUUUUGCUACAUUGUAUACAAAAUUUUCAAUCUGGUAGAAGAUGCUACAAGAACUCGCUGUCUCUCGAUGCAUGAACCGUGAGAGAAUUUUUCUACAUUUCUUCGCUUCACUUCAUACUCUUAGUAUUUCACAGCCCUUAACAAAAUAUACACAGUCCGGCAAUGAGGCAAUAUGAGGAAUUUACCAAGAGAGAAUCGCAAGUUGAUAAUUAUCGCAGAUAAUUCGACUUGAUGAUUCUCUUUCUAGGUUACAGUAUACAAUAUUUCAAAACCCUGGUCUGGGGCAUUCACAUCUAUUUUCAUAGAUACAACUUAUACAAAGGUUAUAUGAACAUAGAUAGAAUAAACGGCAAUAGUAAAAUGAUUUUAUCGCAAUUAUCCACCGCCCAGAAUCGGAUCGCAAAACGAGAAUAAGCGACCGUCUGUUGCUUCAGAGAGAAUCCCCACAGCAGCGUGUUAACCCGUGAUGCUCAGACAGGUCAUCGAGAGAAAUUCGCUCUCGCACUGGCGUCUAUUCUAUGUUAUAUGAACCAUGACGGUGUUUUGUUGCUGAUAUGAUAUCCGUCUCUUAUUGAUGGCAAUGAUGGAAUAUUGUGAAGAGUUGGUAGAGAGCGUUCUUUGGUACGAUAAAAGCCAUCCUUGGCCAUUAUGGCGUUUAUAAUUUUCCCGCCGAUCUGAGAUUUCCACUUUCACUUCCGGAAGGAGCGAAGAAAGCUCUGUACAAAAUGAUUUGAAGUUGCAAGCAAAGAUUGUUGUUGUUUUUUCCGAGUGGCAAACGUCCGUUUUUGGGAUUGUUGUUCCUUAUUGAUUUAUUUUCAAUCAUAUGUAUACCAAAAAAAAUAAUAUAAACAGUCAUGUGCACUCGGAAGAAAUCGGUUACGUGUAACCAAAACCCCUGAAUGACUUGGAAAAGGCUUUAUGCUUUUCUUAUACGCACAUGUUAUAAUUAAUAUUUUUUUAUUUAUUCAUCGAAAUGCCUGGAAAGUAAUUGAAUCCUCAAUUAGCGGGCCUGUUACAAUGAUCCUUUUUGGACAUGGGAUAUCUUUUCAAAGUUUAAAUAAAAAAUUUAGAAAACAAACUAAACAGGGGCGAUUUGAGCCUAUUCCAAAAACCUGGAAUUGUUAUCUCAAAAAAACCGGGAAAUUGAAAUCGGCAAUUCACUUGCCACCCUGACCUAGUCAUUGGAAGUUUUGCUUGCUCGGUUUCUAGUGUUCAGUAGUCAAGCUGCUUCAUUGUCUUCGUUCUUGGUAGUGAGCAAGUCAAAUGAAUAGAAUUUUAGAUGAAGUAAAGUGUUAAAAAUGAAAAGUGCAGGAGGAAACAAUUAAUUUAUGUGUAUUCUGUAAUUAAUAUUUCAGCUAUCUAAUUUGUCUUUCAUCUUUUAUCUUGAACCAAUUUGAAUGUUUACAUGAACCUCAUUUGAAGACCGCUCUGGAAGAGAAAUGAGCGAAGAACUGAACUCUGGCCGUUCGGUAUGUUAGCGAACGUUGUGCGUGUCAGAGUGUGAAGUUUACUGCAGUAGGGUGAUCGUCAAUGUGUUAGCAACGAGUUAGCGAGUGACGGAGCGAAUUUCGCACUUGGCGAGAGAUACGACCGACAUUUUGCGCGAGAGAUGUUACUGUGUCAAGAGUUUCCAACACAGUAACCUUUGAAAGGGGAUGAAUCAGGCUACGCGGCAGUGUUGCCAACAUUUCGAAAAAGUAUUUCCUACAGUUGUAAGAGUACCAGUUCACUCACUUUCUAGACGUGCCUCGUACUAUACAUCAUCGGUGAAAUUAUCGUAUUCUUAUGAUUUGGAGAACACGUGUUUUUAGUAUUUAUAAUUUUUCCGAAUAGAAAUAAAAUUUCGCUCAGAAAGGAAAUAUCAGAAAACUAAACCAGCAUUGCUAAACGAAAAUCUAAUUGUGUUUAUCGUACGUAAAAAUUAUACGAGAGGUGAAGCUUUUAUUGGUCGUGUAAAAAUUCGAAAAAUAUUUUUUUCCGUCGAACCAAAAAUUGUUAAAACUUUACUUGUGUCAGACAAUCACCUAAAAGUAUGUAAUUACUAUACAGUUCUUACUAAGUCGUGUCUGACAUCCCGAAUUAACACUCGUUUGAAGAGUGCCCGACGCUUUUCUCGGCUGGAUUUCAUAACAAAACUAACGCAGGGAAUCAUAUUGAUAACACCGACAACUUUUCCUGUUUCUCGUUUGAUUGAAAUGACCAAUCAAAGCAAUGCUAGCCAACUGAUAUGUCGCUUAUCCGUUCAAAACAGUCGUCUGUGUUAGAGGAAGUACAAUUUAUAGCAGACUAAUGAUAAGACGCUAAUCAUUCAAAUUAUUAUUUUGCAUUUCCUCCUAGCACUCGCGAGCCACAUGCGACUUUUUGAGAGUAAAGCUACGGCAAGAGACAGUUCGUAUUGAACCGAGUAGCGGUUUGUAAUCAACAUGGAGAAAGUGCGAUUUAUUAUCGUUGUGGACAAUGUGAUUGCUAUGCACAUCAGCAAGUGGACCUUUGGGGAAUUAUUUCGUGCGCCGUUCGCCUCGCAUGAGAAGCCGUCAUUUUUAUCGGAAUUGUACUGAUGUCUACUGUGUCCAUUGAAUCGGCUCUUUUAAAACUCUACAUUCGAUUUCCAAAGAAUGAAAUAGAAUUUUCUUUAGCAGUAAAAUAGUUAACACCAGAAACAGUCCACUUUGGUUAUGUGUUUUCUUUCCGGGACUUCGCAUUAAAGACAAUCUUUUCAAUCGGAAUUCGGCUUUCGUUUUCGAAGAAACUGCCAUUAGCAUUGAUGAACUUAAAUGAAUCAGUUUCUUUCAAACCCUACAAAUAAUUCCCAAGAACUGGAUUAGGAUUUUCUUUAGUUGUAAUCAAUAGUUUAGCAGUAAAGUAAUUAACUAAGAAACAGUCCGUAAUGUGUUUCUUAAUUUUUUUUAACGCGUUUGCUCCGCCUUUAUUCUUUAAAGUGUGCAGUGAUGUUCAUAUUUAAAAGAGAAGAGCCCCUUCAUAAAACCAGCAUCAGUACUGAACUGAUUUGAACUUGGUUUGUUGGUCGCGGUAUUAAACUAAAAAAAAUAGAUCACGUUACUUCUACCUGAAAACAUACAUGAAUCUCAUCCACAAAACUUUUCGCGUACAUUCUAUUGUAUAGCGGUGGAAUGUAUCGAGUUGAUCUUAUGCCAUGCAUCUUAUUCAAUAGGUAAAUAAUACAUUACUUUUCCGGUAGAAAAUAAGUGAUUCUGCGAAAUAGAAAUUGUUUUGUAUGUUCCAUCAAUUCAUUAACAUUGGUGCAUUUUAAAUUAUAACAAUAAAUAACAAAUCCACUAAACGAUCUUAUGGAUCUUCAGAGAGAGUUUGUUCUUGACUGGUGGCUCCUCAAAUUUUAUAUAUUCUCAUAUGCCCACUCGAUUCUUCUAGUAGGUUCUGAAUAUACUUGUUGUAAGCGUUAGGAGUUCUAACCUGCCAACAUUGUAUUCUAGUAAUGAAAAAAAGGAACAACAAACCAACACGAGAAGCAAUCGUUUGUAUCGGCAUUUAGCUGAUUAUUCGUUUUCGAGGAAAAUGCUGGAUGAUCUUGGACCAACGAACGGAAUGGCCCUUUUCAGGGCAUCAAAAAUUCUCAAAAGUUCUGUCGUUUUCGUUUGAUGCUAGACCUGACCCAGUUUCUAUCUUAAGUUUCGAACCUAGUUUUAAUGUUAUUAAGUUGGAAUUCGAGUCAGUUUCGAAGCUCGAACUGAACACAGGGAUGAUUUCUAUGUUCGUCAGCAACUGAACCGUUUAUGGAUUUGUUUUGUGCGCCGUUUGCCUCGCACAAGACUCUCAGGGCAUUUAACAGUUUUCAAAGAAUUAUUUUCGAACAUAAAUCGUAUAGAUACAAAUAAGUCUGUGCGGAAGAUAAAAUCUCUUUCCUAUAUAUUCAAAACAGAUGUUAGGAAUGAUUUUUGCAAUAGUUCUUUAGUCCUACGAAGGUCUAAAACGGUUAGAACAAUCCUGUAGGGCUGUUCCUUAUAAUUUUUAACAACGUUCUGAUUGAUAAGUCAAAGUAAUGAACUCUUAGUUGAAUGUGUUUAAAUAACACAAUCGAUUAACAACAACCGUGAAUUUAAUAAAUUUUACCCAGCCAAUUUUUGAAUUGUUAAAAUGUUUGUGUUGGUUUAGGAAAACGGCUGGCUAGUUCCAAGUGUUUUCCUGAGCUUGGUAAAUGAGUGGAUACUUGCUAAACAACAAACUAGGCACUAGUGAAGAGUCUGGAAAGAAUCUCAAGUGGAUCAAGUUCUCAACUACUUGGCACUACUUGUUAAAGUUGAUUAACUGAUUGAAAAAUACUAACUUGAUAUUUUAAGGGUUAGAAUUUACCCCAUAAGUUUGCGCUAAGUGUCCAUUAAACAACAACGGAACAAACGUAUAAUUAAUACUGUUUGCCAAAAACCUUUUAGUUUUUGUACCGAAGUACAAUACCUGGCCUGAUGUCUCGAACAAUUGAUUGCGUGUAAAAAAAUAUUCCCAUAAAAACUAAUUUGAUAAUAUUGGGGAAAAUGAAAAAUCAAGAGAAACAUUCAUUAAACAGAUUUGUUUCUAGAUUUUGCAGAGUGGGACAAUAAAUUCGGGGUUAGAAAAAAAUAUUUUCGGUAACGUAUUUGAAUCUUAAACUCGAUGUCCUACAGGGAAGUGUAUUCUUCCUAGUUUGAUUUUAUAUGUAAAUCAAUGAUAUGGAACGAGUCUUAUAUUUUCGUGAUAUAAAUUGAUUCGCUGAUUUUAUCAAAACUAGUAAUAAAAUCGAUGAAAAUACCAUGCGUUUAUGACUUACCAUAUCUUAAUACUAUGUUGUACUACAUAUAUUAAAAAGAUUAGUAAAAAAUUCAAACGUUAUUCAAAACUGUUUCAUUGGCAGAAACUUUGAAAUUUUGAUGAAUUGUACUCAAACCAGUACGUUAAGGAUCUGAGAAUCGCGUUUAAAGAACUAAAGAAAAACAUCGAAUAAAUCGAAUUAGAUACCCAACGAAUUUCCUCUCAUCGUUUUGUCCCUGCACACGAAACGCACGCCUAUCCCUGAAUGCCGAGGUCCACCGAAGAACGGAUCUAGUGAUAAUGAGUUAAGAAUAUUGGAAGGUCGGUGUCAGCUUAAACCAACAGUUGAAACUAAAAUAAAAGUUAGGGAUAAACUGUUGUUGAACAACAGUACCGGCACAACCGGAAACUCGCGUUGUAGCAGCUUGUUCGAUUCCUAAGAGAUUCCGGAAGAUAUGUAAUAAAAAAAUAAAAUAACGCGAGACCAUGUGGAAAUUGUUCACAUCCUUGAAGAACGAAUCAUUGUAGUAUGUAUGCCAUAUUCAUUAUUGUCAUAUGUAUAAUUGGUCACCGAGAAAGUUGACAUUCUCAGUCGUAAUGAACAUGCUACAACACUAAGGGUGGUAGAUCGUAUCGCCGAUGAGCAAUACUUUGUAGAACUAAUCAAUCAGACCCAAUAUAUUGUGUAAUGUUUUCACACUCUGACAGAUGUAUAACCAUAAUUGCAGCCGUAGUUAAACGAGGAAGCUGUUAUCAUAGACCCAGUGAUAUUAAAGUUUUGUUUGCUUUCGAGGAUCAGUCUUAUAGGUAGUUAUACUGUUGUGUCCGUAGGAAAACUCUCUUCAGGCGUAUGCGUUUCCCAGUAGUUGUUAGUGGUAUAAGUUUGAAUGUUGAACACUACUUUCUAUAUCCGUUCCUAACAAAAUUGGACAAUUUUUGUCAAACUGUGCAAUAUUUGCAAUAACAAACUAUUUAUAAUUAUCUACUUUCGCGUGUAAUUGUGCAAGCGCUGGAACACGCACAACAGGAGAAGCAUUGUUCGCUUAUACCAUCGUUGCCGCUUCCUAAAUUUAGUUCGCACUCUAACCCUUCAGUUCCACUAACAACCAACACUGACCGAACGCUUUUACCCAUUGCAAGGGUCUCGUGAACUCGCAUCAAUAAAUUUAAAGAAGAAAAAAACUAUGAUGAAAUUACGCUCCAUCAGACCCACAAAAGCACUAUGAAAAUUAAAUCUUCUGACAGGGAAGUUUGCAGUACGUGACACCAAUUCGAAACAACACACAGCUAAAAUAGAUAUUCGCAUACAUUCAAGGUAGACCCGCAAGACGAUCGCAUUCCGCGCAAAACUUAUUUAUUGAACGAAAGAGUUAGAACGAAAGAGAGAGAGAUAUGAAAAGGCACUUCUCAGCGGCAUAUGUCCAAUACGGGUUGUAAUGUAUGAAAGCAUAAACCGAAUUAUUAUAAUUUUUUUUUCUAGUAAGAAUAAUUUUCCAAGAAGUUGACUAGACCUACAUAUUCACCAUUAUCAUCAGAGAGGUUCCUUUUACGGUGAUAAACGGCCCAGCGAAUCGUUCAUAAGAGUAGUAAGAUAAGACCGAAGUGCGUAUGGGUCAAACGAAUUUUGAAUGCCCUUAGUACACUUGGGAAAAAGUAAAAAAAAAACAAUGGUAGUAAAAAAGUUUUUUGUUAACUCUUUUCUAGCACUUUAAAUACAUGUGUAUAUUUAAAUUUAAUUAAUAACUAUGCAUAAAUCUUUAAUGUCAAUGAGAGAAACUGUGUAUUUAAGUACAUUAAAAUCAUCAAUUAGGACAGAAGUAGAUUGAGAAGAAGGAAACAGUUAAACUAUAGUGAAUAAGGUGGAAUAUAUCAAUAGCUGAAAACGGAAAAUACUAAUAUACAGAUAUAAUGGAAAUUAUUAAAAAGGUAAAUGAAAAUAAACUAAGCUGUAUAGUAAACAAUAUCUUCACAAUAAGUUUAUUAAAUAAAUUAAGGAAAAUGACACUGUAAACUUACUUAAAAAAAUUGAGCAAACCCAGAUAAAAAGUAAAAUACACCUGUAUGAGGAAAAAGCAAGUAUUUACUUAUGUGAAUAAUAAAACUAAUUUAAAGAAAAUAUAAUAAGAUACUGCAAAAAAUCA